AUCGUGAGUUGAGGCUGCUGUCAGUUGGAUUUCCUGGUGUGAUUUGUUUGCCUGCAUUGAUCAUGGCUGCGGAGGGUGAUUUUCUGGCGAGAUACCGAGCUGUGUCAAAUAAACUGAAGAAGCGUUUUCUCCGGAAGCCCAAUGUGGCGGAGGCGAGUGAGCAGUUCGGUCAGCUGGCAAAGGAGUUGAAGCAGCAGGACUGCCUUCAGUAUGCAGCCUUCUGUAACCUGGCCAUGGCUCGGUGUGAGCAGACUCUCUUUAAUGCUCCUGGAGAGGCGCUGGCGUUAACUGAUGCUGCCCGCCUCUUUCUCUCGUCUGAGAAGGAGAACAGGGCCCUGCAGGCUCCGGGCUUUGAUGAACACCUUCAGGCUGCACUCAACUGCUACAGCUUCGCCAUUAAGGUGUAUAUUGAGAUGAACCAGCCUGUGAUGGCAGCCAGCCUGUGUUUGGAACUUGGCAACGCGCUCAAGGAGAUGAACAGACCAGGAGAGGCUAUUGUUCAUUAUCAGAGAGCUGCAGAGUUACAGACACAAACACCCAUUGAAGCUCUGCUGUCAAUGGGAGAAAUGGCCACGUGUAAAAUCCUCACCCGUGAUUAUGAUGGUGCUUUGUCAGUGUUCACAGAGAUGCAGCUGAUGUGCCAGGAGAGAGGACUGCAGCUACCAGGCUCCACCACCCCUGUUGGUGCAUUUCUGGACAUUGUAGCAAAGUGUGAGAUAUCCCGGGUUCUUCUGCUGAUGUUGCUUGAGCCCCCGCCUCAGAAGUUGUUACCAGAACAUGCCCAGACUCUGGAGAGAUAUGCAUGGGAGUCCUUUGACCCUCACAGCCAAUUGACCUUCCUGUCUGAGGAUGUUUUCCUGCUCCUGCAAUCUGUAGUGAUGGCAUGUCAGGAGAAAGACACAGAGUCCCUCAAGUCUCUUCAGACUGAGCUAUGGCCGCUUUUGACGGCUGAGCAGAACCAUCUUCUCCACCUGGUGGUUCAGGAGCGCAUCACACCGUCUGGUCAAGGCAUUUAAUAAAGUCCAGUUUUUAUUCGCUUCCUCUGGGAACGAUACUUUAUAUAAUGGAACAUUCCUGUUUCUGAGUGGGUCUGUUUUAAGGCCUGAAGAAGGGUUGUUUUCAAAACUCCAGUGUUGUAACUUGCACUCAGAAGAAAUGCUAAACUUUGUCCUUAUUGAGUCACGUAGGUUUGGAAAUCUGUAAAAAUCCAACAGCACUGUCUUUGUUGUCCUCAGAUGUGAAGGUUUUUGUUUUCAGGGUGCUUCAUUAAGACUAAAUGUUUGUGACUUUAAAACUGGACCACUUCAUAUGUGUUUAUGUAAAAAUGACUGUUUCAAAUCCAGAAGAAUUUACUGUAUUUACAGCUGGUAG